CCUCGACAACACUCGGUCAACAUGGGCAAGUACUACUGCGAAUACGUAUCAAAACACUAUUUGACGCACGACUCGAUGAACGCGCGCAAGGCGCACAACACGGGUCGCAACCACAUCGCAAACGUGCGCGACUACUUCGCCAACCUCGGCCGCGAUGGAACCCAGAGCCAUAUCGACCAGAUCGUCAACAGCCACGAGGGUGGUGGUCGCGCGCAAAUGUUCGCCGCACCCAGUAUGCGCCUUGGUGCUGGGUUCAUGAACCCCAUGGCGACUGCACCGCAGGGAGGCUCCGCCUACCCGCCGUUCCAGGGCGGCGCACCUGCUGCUCCUCCCUUCCCACCGCGUCCACCUUUCCCGCCUCAACAAAACCAGCAGUUCGGUGGCGGUGGUCCUCCUCCUUUCCCCCCUCCUGGCGGUGUGAUGCCUCCCUUCCCUCCUCCCGGGCAGAACCGUGGCGGCCCAACCCGCCCCCCACCCAACUUUACGCCGCAGCAGGGCCCGCCCCCCGGCGGCAACCCAGGCGUGCACCCAGACCGGAUGCGCAUGAUGAACCACUAGAUCUAGAUGCGGUUUACAUGUAAUACUAGUGUGACAGAGAACCCA